ACCCAAACCCUUAAAACAUCAAUAUUAGAGAGGCAUAAACUUACAAGAGUAGACUAACCCUGCCCAAUAAACCAAGCCACGGCGAUCAAUCAUAGCAGGUUGUUUCUACCAAUGGAAGAUGCAAGCAAUUCAACUGCAAACAUUGUGAAGAUUGCGAGGAUGGUUGUGAAGUUUCAUCCGCUUUUGACAGUAACGAAUCUUAUCUUCAAGAUGAUACUAGUGCAGGAUUGGAUAUGCAAAACUCUCAAGGUGUAUUGGCAAUCCACAAUGAGAGCUCUGCGGGAUCCCGUUGCUGAGAAGAUGAAGAAACUAUCUGAAGCUCUCAAGAUGCAUCUCGCCAAAGAAGCGACGAUGGGUCAACCAAUGGCCAAACUGAUCGGCAAGCAUGCCUUGUUCUCCGCAACAUUUCUACUACUAGAUACAAAGUUAUGUUCAAAAUAUGAUAGAAGAGGGAUUAUAAUGCAGUUCUUGUUGUUUAUUUUUCUCGACCUGCUAACAUAUCCAAAGCGUUGGAGUCAGCUCGGGAUCUUUCGUGGAUGGUGGGGUUGCACAGCAAAUUCAAUAUCAAACUUCAUCUGCUUCAUUCUAGCACUUUUUUUUGGAAAUUUCUAUGAGAAUUCCUUAAGAAGCCUGAGCGUUGCGUUCUGCAUUACACUUGGUUUCCUCUGUCUACUAAUUGUAUUACGUUUGCAGACCGACCUCGGGUUCUUCGGCUUCAUCAUGGGAGUCAUUGGAUCAGUUACUUACAACUGCUUUGGCCUCAAGUUUCCUACUUGGGUAAUUUCCUGCAUCUGCUUUGUGUUGUUUAGUUUCAAAAACUGGUUAGAUAAGAACUGGCUGGAGUUGGAAGAAGAUGAUCAUAAGCUACUGCUAUCAUCUACAAAUACGCUAGGAAGUACCGGUAUUACUUUGACUUUGCCAGCUGCCUCGGUUCUAUGCGUUUUUUGGAGCAUCUUCUUGUGGGCUGUUCGCCAACAACGGCUCCUGCCUGAAUAUAAAGAUUGGUUAAUCAUGGUAAUCUCUCUUGUGAUUUGGUGGGUACGUUUCUUUAUCUUCUUUCUCAAAAAUCAGUCACUGCAGUCCCCUACAAAUAUAAAAGAAAGCAUCGGCAUGAUUUCCACCUUGCCAACGGCCACCUUAUACUCUUCAUACAGCAUCUUCAUGACGGCUAACGGCAAACCGCGUCUGUCCAACGACUAUAAAGACUGGAUGGGUUUGCUGACAUCUUUUUUGCUUUGGUGGGUGCGGUUCCGUAGGUUCUUCCCCAAAGCCUCUACAAAUAGGAGAGGAAGGAUAAUCAGCAAGAUUUUGAAGGUUUUAAAGGUGCCAUUGUAUGCUCCAUACGGUUUAUCAAAGACAGCUGAUGGCAAACUCUGCGUGACUGGAUAUAAAGACUGGUCAAGUACGCUCCUUGACGUUGCAUUAUCUCCAAUUCCUCAGCAUCUCCUUGACUUACCAGUGGCUGCUAUCAUCAACAAUUCAGAAUGGGAUUUAGAGCAAUUGAUAGGACUUCUCCCAGACCACAUACUUCAAACUAUUGCAGCUAUCCCUCUACUUAUUGCAGGCCAUCUUGAAGACUCUAUCUACUGGUAUAAUUCAUCCCAAGGUGACUUUUCAGUAAAAUCUGCCGUCCAACUCCUCCAGCAAUCAUGCUUACCUAACAUCCCUGAAGUAGGAGAAUGGGCAUGGAUAUGGCAAUUAUGUUGCCCAGAACAAGUUAAGCUUUUUGUGUGGUUAUUGAACAAGGAAAGAAUUCUUACGAACUCAGUCCGUUUUGAUAGACAUAUGGCUCCUACUCCAGUCUGCCCUCGCUGCGAGCAGUCACCUGAAACCCCAUUGCAUCUCCUACGAGAUUGCUACUACUCACGGCUUGUUUGGGAUGCUACUAACUCUCUACUUGGAGAUUUCUUCCAGCUUGAUUUUGUCCCUUGGUUGAGGAAAAAUUCUUCUAAAUCAAGAAUGGGACCUUGUGCUUCUGAUUCAUGGUCGAGUAUUUUCCUUGCGACCAUCUGGUAUUUAUGGAAAAGUAGGAACAAACUGAUAUUUGAGGAGCAAAGGGUCUCACCAUUAGCUAUCGUCCAGCAAGCUAGCAAAUUAGCAUGGGAAAUCAAACUGGCAUUUGCGGCACAGGCAACCCUCAUCUCAAAAGCCCCUAGAUGGAUCAGUUGGAGCCCCCUUCCCCAAAACUUCUUUAAACUUAAUACCGAUGGAUCACAUGACCAUAGCUUGGGCAAGGCAAUUGCAGGAGGGCUUCUUCGCGAUCACCAUGGGCACUGGUAUCAUGGUUUUGCCACAAAUGUGGGUAUCACUACAAGCUUCUUGGCUGAGUUAUGGGGAUGUAGAGAAGGCCUUAAGCUUGCUAUUUCCCUUGGGGUGCAGCAACUAAUUUUGGAAAUGGAUUCCUUACUAGCAGUUCAACAAAUCCAAUCCUGGAAGGUGUCUGCAGGUGCAGCGUCAGUUCUUCUCAAUGAUAUCUGCUUGCUACUUGACUCCUUUAGCUCUUGCUUGGUGCAGCACACUCUAAGGGAAGGUAACUAUGCUGCUAAUUUUAUGGCGUCUAUUGGGCAUACAGUCGAUUUGGGUACAACCCUCUUUCCAACACCCCCAAUGGGUAUUAGCACGAUCCUGCAAAGUGAUUGUACUGGGGCCAUGUCCCUUAGAUAUUAAGCUUCAAUAGCCUCUUAUGUACCAAAAAAAAAAAUCAUGGCAUGCCAUUAAGGCAAUAAAUUCUUUUUAUAUUAGGUGGUCGUACAUAAUAUUAUAUGUACUUUUUUUGUUAUAUUUUUUAAAUAAGUUUGCAACUAAGGUGAAAUUUAUGCAAGAGAGGGGUUGAUUUGCAAGGUGGGGAUGUUGGUUGUGGAGUAUGUAAUGAGGAUGUGGAGUAGCUUUAUCAUAUUUUUUGUGAGUGCAAAGGGUUAUGGUUAGUGUGGAUGAAGGUUUUGAGGUGAUGGGGUUUGUAAAGUGUACUGCCUAAUGAUAUAUUUGGGUUGGCGAAGUCUAUAGUACAGGGCAUUGGUGGGGGAAGUAUGAAGGAUUUAGGAGCUUUUUUUUUUUUUUGGUUGUGGUUUGGUUUAUUUGGCAUUGGAGGAAUAUAAAGGUGUUUGGAACAGCUUUGAUAUUUGAGGAGUUGUUGUUGGAAUCUAUUCAAAUUAAAUCUUUUUGUUGGCUAAAAAAUAAAAAGAUUAGUUGUGUGUUCUUUUAUCAAGAUUGGAUUUCAAAGCCUAUGAAUUAUAAUGCGACCAUUGUGUAAUAUGUAAAAAUUUGAAAUGUUACAAGGUGCUGAAAGAGGCAUAGGAUGCUUUCAUUCCAUUUAGUUUUCUGGUCUAUUUUGAGCUAUAUUGUAUUGAUUUAAUUAUGUAAGUAAUGUCUGAUUUGGAACUUUAGUUUCUAGGAUUGUUUUUUCUUUGGGAGUAGUCCUUAUACUCCUUAAUAAUUAAUUCUCAUUUUA